AUGAAUCCACCACUAAGUUCGACCGAUCACCGAAGAUAUAGCGCUGUCAAGCUGUGGAUCUAUGGCGCCUCUAACAGUGAUGAAGACUCUUACCUGUUGUCGCUCACCGAUGUACCUUUGAGUUCCGUCCAGCAACUUAUUGCCGAGAGUGGGUCUUCUUCGACCGGGCCGCGGCCGCUGCAAAAUAACGCCAACGAACAAACCCACCCAGCAGCAAAUUCAUCAUCAACCUCCGAGCGAUCUAUGAUUCGCAAUCAUAGCCAUCGGAGUACGGCCAUCUCAUCUGAUGAGAGGAUAAGAGCGGACCGAGGCUUUUACGGAAAGCACUGCAAGCAAUGCUUCGAGUCAGGCUUUCGCGCAUCUUCUAAGAAGCCGAUACGCACACAUCUCAAGAAAUACCAUGCCGAGGAGUUCAGAAACCCACUUGCGCAUCAGGGCUCCCGUGACCAGUAUUGUUGCUGCGAAACCGGUUUCGACAUCGAGUCUUGGGCGGAUCAUUUUGUGAAAUGUCACUACCAUUCUACAGAUAGGGCUGCUGCUCCUGUACCGCUUAGCCCUACCCGAUCGUCGUCCAGCUUCCACUAUAUGUCGGUUUCUGCGUCGAGCUCGACUCAAAAUGGCAAAGAUAACCCGUACCAGGUCGCCAUCGGCUCUGGUACGAGUGGACAUGCCGACGUCUCAAAUGCAGAAUCUCAACGUCAGACGUCGUACCGCGAUCAAGAUCCCUUGCAGCCCAUCAAUAGUCCAAGGUCUUUCGAGAAAAGUGCAACGUCCAUAAGCCAGUCGCGCCCUCCUUCUGUAUCAUCAUAUCAUCUUCGGACAUUAACGCCGAUUACGCCGUCCAUCGGCGUGUACGACAGGCAGAUCCUUCCUUCAGAGGAUGCAUUCGGUAACGCCCUCUUCGAUGAUCAUGGUAACAAAGUAGUCCGCACGUACGAUUGGCAGCAGAUAUUCGUCUUGGAUGGGACAGGUAAUCUUGUAUGCGAUAGUCUUGGCGUCCCGAUUCCUGUUUCUUUUGGGCAGCUGUUGUAUGCAUAUCCAGACUCUAGCGAUAUACUCACUUACCGUUAUGGCGUUGAUGUACUUUAG